CACCCCCCCGUGUUCUCACGCCGGAGUUUCCCAGGCCAUGAAUAAUCUUGAAGCCCCCUCGAUAAAUACACGUUCAGGGAUGCCCAGAGCUCACUCAACCCGCCAGCCUCGCCGACGAGAAGGGGCCGGGGCCGGAGCCCAGAAGAAGCCGCACGAUGAAGUUUCCCCGGGACUGUGGCUGCGACCGUGCCCGCGCCGGCCGCCGCCGGCCGCCCGCCCUCCGCGCCGCGCUGCUGCCGCCGCCGCUGCUGCUGCUGCUGCUGCUGCUGGUGCCGCGGGCCGCCGCCGCCCCGCUGCCCAGCGCAGACUCCUCGGGGGAGGCCGAGCUGGACGAGGCGGCGGCGCGGCGGGCGCCGCUGCCCCAGAGCCUGCUGCUGGCUCGGCUGCUGCACGCCCGGGCGGCACAGCUGCAGGACGAGGUGUGCGAGAAGUUCACCAUCUGCCCGAACAGCAUGGAAAUGCUCCUCCACAACAACCUCAGCCUCCCCAAGGUGACGAAGGAAGAUGGGUGUCUGCUCGCCGGCUUCGAUGAGGAUAAAUGCUUGAGAACAAUCUCCAGCGGGCUUUAUACAUUUCAGACAUACCUCAAAUACGUACAAGAAACUUUUAUUAGUGAAAACCAAAAUGUUGAAUCGCUAUCCUAUAGUACAGAGCGCCUGGCACGUACCAUAAGGCAGAUGGUGAUCAAUCCCAAAGAAGUGAUCAUCCCAGAUGCAGCUACCCAGGAAUCCCUUCACACAAAGCUGAAGUCCAUUAAGGCCUGGACAGAGAAAAUCACCAUCCAGCUCAUCCUCCGAGAUUUUACUUCAUUUAUGGAGAAGACAGUGAGGGCUGUGCGCUAUUUGCAAAACACCAGGAGUUUCCGUGCUUGAAUGUUUUAGUUCAGGCACAAUCCUUUUGUUACAAAUCUGCCAUGUGGCAGACAACAGUGUUGUUCUGUUUUAAGAACCAGAAAUAGUAACAAUGGUUUGCAUCUAUAUACAUUCCCAUUUCCUCCUAGGAACUUAUUUAUUGUAUUUAAAAUAUUUAUUAGUUUUUAAUAUUUCUUAUUUAUAUUUUCAAUAUUUAGAAAAAAUUUAAACAUAGGACGUAUUUUAUUUCCUAAUGGUACUGUUCAGAAUAUAAACUUAUUUAAUAUGUAUUCAACAAAAAAACAUUUUCAGAACCCAGAAAAAUUGCUGUAUAACUUAUGUUUUUAUAAAUUUGAGAGAUGGUAUUUAUGAUUUACUUGUAUUUUUAGAGCAAAUAAAAGCUGAUUUUUA